AUAACUAGGGUGGAGUGCUAACGACACUUUCCAUAACUCGUCAGCUAUCGGAUCACGGCAGUUCGCUGUCGUUUUUUCACUAUCAAUAAUGAGCACACUCAGCAUAUCAGAAGUUGAAGACGUUCAGCAGAAUUCCACAAAGGAAGCUCUUUCCAAACUUCCGCCUCUGGCUACUGACGACUCCCAUUUCCACGAUUUUUGUCACGCAGUCGACGACUCUCGUGGCUCUGACACGUCGAGCGCCAUCUCCCUCAGUCAGAUGGACGAAAACGAGGAGGACGAACAUCAUAUUGCCCGUCACAUGUUUUAUCUAGACAACUGGGAAUCAGACUAUGAAGACGACCAAGUCUACUCGACCCACUGUAUCAUUUGCUAUGACGAAGGACAGAUACCAAAACGCGACUGUUGCGGAAAUUAUGUCUGCGAGGUUUGCCUCAUACAGUUUGUAACAACAAGAGUGGAGGAAGGCUUACCGAAAGUUCAGUGCCCAUGUCCUGAUUGUGACGAAUUCAUUUCGAGAGAAGAAAUGAAAAUGCUGCUACCUACUCAUCUCGUUUCGAAAUAUGAGCAGUUUCUUGUCGACUGUGAAGGGAAACCAGGAGUGAAAACGUGUCCCAGGUGCUCGUUUAUCCUCAAGUGGGAUGAAUACAAUAGACAAGAGAAGACCACGCCGAUGACUGAAACAAAGGGCAAGAGAGAGUCAAGCAAUGAGCACAAGGUCGUGUGUCCUGCUUGCGAUUUGGUUUGGUGUUUUUCAUGUCACGCUCCGUGGCACGAAAAACUGUCUUGUCGACAAUUUCGAAAAGGCCAGAAGCUGUUCAAGAAGUGGAUAAAGGGCAAACAUAAUGGCAUUGCCAAUGCUCAACGAUGUCCAAAGUGUCAUAUUUGCAUCCAACGGACGACCGGUUGUGAUCACAUGACGUGUAGUCGAUGUCAGUGUGACUUCUGCUAUCGUUGUGGCAAACGUAUGAUCAGCUUCGGAUGGGUAGGAGAUCACUACAGUCGAUACAGCAUUUUCGGAUGCAAAUACAAUUACAAACCUGAUAAGCCAGUUCAACGAAAGUUGACGCGAGGUGCCAUUUUCUCGGGUACAGUCGCUGCCACUCCUGUAGUUGCUGGUUUGGCUGUCGGAGUCGCUGGAGUCGUAGUGGCAGCAAGUCCGGUUAUACUCUCAGCCUAUGGUAUCUACCGUCUAGGACGAAAACUGAAAAGGAGAUUCUAAAUGUACAGACUUGUUUAUGUGUACAGUUUGAGUUGUGAAGGUGUGUUGAUGCCUUUAAUGUUACUUCUAGGUACAAAGAGAUGUGUUUGAGUUUGUAGAGUUUGGAUAUUGUUUAUCUCCUCAUUCUAUAAGGCUUUAUGUUAGCGUAUGCUAUAAACGUAGCAAUUUUAAAUUUAAUUGCACUUUGAAUUUGA